GUUUCGUUUCCUUUGUGGCUUCAACGGCGGCCGAGGUGUUCAGUGAAAGUCGGAAGUUGGGAGUUUCGCCAAGUGACACUUGACAAAAUGGCAGAAGAUAAUAGUUACGAAUCCAUGCUGUGCGUUAAACCGGAGGUCCACGUCUAUCGUAUCCCCCCACGGGCGUCGAACCGCGGAUAUCGUGCAGCCGACUGGAAGCUGGACGAGCCUGCGUGGAGUGGGAGAUUGAAAAUCACGGCAAAGGGCAAGAUGGCCUUCAUCAAGUUGGAGGACAAAAACACAGGAGAGCUUUUUGCCCAAGCUCCUGUUGAUCAGUAUCCAGGGAGUGCAGUUGAAGCAGUCACAGACUCCAGCAGGUAUUUUGUCAUCCGGAUAGAGGAUGGAAAUGGCCGCCAUGCUUUUAUCGGGCUUGGAUUCGCUGAUCGUGGAGACUCCUUUGACUUCAACGUAGCUUUACAAGACCAUUUUAAGUGGGUAAAGCAAGAAGGUGAGCUGGCCAAAAUGGAGGCAUCCCAGAGUACUGAACCGAAGCUGGACCUCAGCUUCAAGGAGGGGCAGACCAUCAAGAUCAGCAUUGGGAACAUCAAGAAGAAGGACGCAUCAAGUGCUAAGCCCCGGCCCGCAGCUGGAGGUUUGCUCCCACCACCACCAGCAGUCAAGGCUGGAGGUGUCAUCCCACCACCUGGCGGCCAGCAGCACACGGCCACACCAGCGCAAACAAACACGGCCCCUCUUUUAGACUUUGGGUCUCCCAGCUCCGAAACGCAGCCCAACUCUGACUUGUGGGGAGACUUCACGUCGGCCGGCUCCAGCUCCACUACAGAUGCCGUCAAAUCAGGAUGGGUGCAGUUUAGUUGAGUGGCGGGCCGGAGGGAGCUCGUGCUCCCGCGUGCACCCGCUUGGUUGCAUACAUUCCGCGGACGGAGAUGAUGGUUUGGGAAGAAAAAAAAAACUGGUUGGACUCCCUCACAGCACCCAGCCAGCGAGGAUCACAUGAACCCUAGCUUGCUCUUUAGGGGGAACCACAUGGUCACAUGUAUAUACAUGGUGCAUACAUUACACCUUUACACUCUAUGCAGGUGGACCACUCUUUUAGUAGCAUGGAGUCGCUUCCCUCUCUGGCCUUAAAUCAAACUUCUCCUUUUAUUUCUGGGAUAGUCACACUGCAUCCCUGAUCAGGAUCCUGUACAGAAUCAAAUCAAAGCAUUUCAUUGUCUUCCUUUUCUUUCUCCAGUCUUCUCAAAGUUUGUGUGUUCAAUAACUAUUCCCAUUCUUUUCUUUUAGGAGGCCCUGCAAUACUGAGCUUGGUAGUGCUGGUGUGUGUUGUUUUUUUUUUUACAUUUAAAGAUUUUAAAAUUUUAUUGAAAGUCUCAGAUAUACUGGAUGAAUUCAUAUAUGUCGUUUAUUUCUUUGAAAUCUAUUACAAUGCUUUUCAUGUGCCUUUUACUAAAAAGGAAUUUCCUUUAAUUUUAUUCAAAAGUUGCACUGAGUAUUUGAAUAAGUGCCUCUCAGUAGAAGAAAAAAAAAUAAUUGUACAAAAUUCUAUGUAAAUAAACAAUGUAUUAAAUUUCCUUUUUCUUUU